AUGUCGGGGAAGGAGGUGGUAAAAAAGCGAGCCGCCAGCCACGUCCUGCACCAGGACAGCGGCCUGGGCUACAAGGACUUGGACCUCAUCUUCUGCGCUGACCUCAAAGGGGAAGCCGAGUUUCAGACUGUGAAGGACGUGGUCUUGGACUGCCUCUUGGAUUUCUUGCCCGAGGGGGUGAACAAGGAGAAGAUCACGCCGCUCACCCUCAAGGAGGCUUAUGUGCAGAAAAUGGUAAAAGUAUGCAAUGAUUCAGACCGAUGGAGUCUCAUCUCCCUGUCCAACAACAGUGGCAAAAACGUGGAGCUGAAAUUUGUGGACUCUCUGAGGCGGCAGUUUGAAUUCAGUGUUGAUUCUUUUCAAAUCAAGCUGGACUCCCUCUUGCUUUUUUAUGAGUGCUCAGAGAAUCCAAUGACUGAAACUUUUCACCCGACUAUCAUUGGUGAGAGUGUCUAUGGGGAUUUCCAGGAAGCCUUUGAUCACCUCUGCAACAAGGUAAUCGCUACCAGAAACCCAGAAGAAAUCAGAGGAGGUGGUCUUCUGAAGUACUGCAACCUUUUGGUAAGGGGCUUUAGGGCUGCCUCCGAAUCCGAGAUAAAGUCCCUGCAGAGAUACAUGUGUUCGAGGUUUUUCAUUGACUUCUCAGACAUUGGAGAACAGCAGAGAAAGCUGGAGUCCUACUUGCAGAACCACUUUGUGGGAUUAGAGGACCGCAAGUAUGACUAUCUCAUGACCCUUCAUGGUGUGGUGAAUGAGAGCACAGUGUGCCUGAUGGGACAUGAGAGAAGACAGACUCUGAAUCUGAUCACCAUGCUGGCCAUCCGGGUCCUAGCUGAGCAAAAUAUCAUCCCCAAUGUGGCCAAUGUCACCUGCUAUUACCAGCCAGCCCCAUACGUAGCAGAUGCCAACUUCAGCAAUUACUAUAUUGCCCAGGUUCAGACGGUGUUUCCCUGCCAGCAGCACACAUACUCUACUUGGCUGCCCUGUAAUUAAGGACUGAAAUUAGUAGAUCCGGUGGGAAGAACGUUUCCUAAGACGUAGGAAGGGGCGACGCGUCCCUUUGAAAUGGGGUGUUUUGUGCAAUGAUGAUGAUCUGCUCUAGUUUUCAAGCUUGGGAAAAGCUUGUGGUUCUUCUAAUAAAUAAUGGGAGCAUGAUCGAGAAAGUACCCCAGAAUAAUUGGAUCCUACCCCAGAGCACAAGAGGCCUGUCAUUAAAAGCAACCAGCUUCCCCUGAAAUAAACGAGGGAGGAAUGCUUGAUGACAAUAUGGGUUGGCAGUAUCUGCUCCCAUAGCUUUGGCAUAGAGAAGGUGGGAAAGCCUUAUUUUCUUUUAUUUUUAUUCUUACUCUAGAAUGGGAUCUGCAAAAGGGAGACUAUGAAAGAAACAAAACAAACAAAAAAAAAACAACAAAAAGAAAAAAUUCACAAAAAAGAAUUCUAUAUAUAUUCAGGAAUUAAAAGUUAGAGGCAUAAAGCAGAGAUAAGCUGAAUAAAAAUGUAUAUUGGAAUUACUGCAUUUGGGGCUUGCAGCAAGUGCCGUCUGUGGAUUGACCAUGUAGAAUGUAUAGCUUGCUUGACUAGAAUGCUUUACUAGAAACAGCUUGCUCCAAAUGAACAGUAGUGGAUUGGUACAGUUAUGAAAACAGAAACUUGUACGAUGACAAAGUCCAUUAUUUCCAGCUGUGUGCGUGCCUCACAUUUUAAAAAUGUGAGAAUGCAGGAAAACCAGCUGUGGCAAACAGAAUAUACUCAAGGACCAAAGAUUUCUCAAAUAAGUUAUCCGAGCAGAGAAGAUACAGUAGAGUAUAUAUAUACAUAUAUAUAUAUAAAAGAAAAGAAAAAGAUUGUUGCUAUAUUUGUACACACCAACAGUAAUCAAAAGUGCCUGAUGCCUUCAUAAAAUUUGAAGUGAGAAUAAGAUAUAGUUUUGUGGUUUAACCAUGCAUUUUAUUUUAUCAGGGACACAAGGAUUAAAAACAAAACCCCAUAAGCUUGUGAAUAAGUGGUGGAGGAAAUGCCCUAUUUUUUUUUUUUCUUGGCAAAUACCUGUAUAGAGUUAAUGUUAUGUCGGUGUGCUGUUAUCCUAGGUACGUGUGUGUAUGUGUGUAUAUAUGUUUGUGUGUGUAUAUAUGUACAUGUUAUAAGUGUAUAUCUAUAUAUAUACACACACAAUAUAUAUUAAUGUGGUCUAGAAAAAUGUAGCAAUUAAGGAAUGUUUAAAUAAAGUACUAUGUAUUUUCCAGUUUGUAAGAGGUUGUCAUAGGACAGUGGGCACCUUGCAGUGAAUUUGUAACCCACACCUGAGAAAUUUAGAGUAAAUGAACCAGUCAGGAAUAAGGUGGGAAUCAGAUAAUGUCUUUGGUUGCAAGAACAAGGAUUACAGUAAUUCAGUGGGUUGCUUGUGAGCCAUAAUAAUUCCACAGAUGGAGAAACGUAUGACUAGCUGAUUUUUUUUUUUAAACUAUUUUGUACUGUAAUGCCAUUUUGACAUUUAACCCACUAAUGUUGUGACUGUAUACCUCCGUGAUCUGUAAUUCAGUGGAACGUGGAUCAAAGAUAGUUUUAUUUAAAUCCCCUGACAGCUAAAGAAUAUUGUAUUAGUUGGUGAUUUGAACACUAAUUGUUAAUAUUUAAAGGAGUAUUUUUAAUAGAAUGCGCUAAGCAUUCCAGGACCACUAGAAUUUAGCAAAUGUGAAAUGAACCAUUUUUAAGAGUGUUGCACGGUUGCUUAAAAUUAUAUUUUAUAUAUAUAUAUUAUAUAUAUAUUUUUAUGCAAAUAUUAAACAUCUUUGAUCUGGUUGUCACACUGCA